AUGCCCGUCGUCAAGGGAGGCGUGUGGACCAAUAUCGAGGAUGAAAUCCUCAAGGCCUCCGUGUCCAAGUAUGGCCUCAACCAAUGGGCACGUGUCUCGUCGCUGCUUGCGCGCAAGACGCCCAAGCAGUGCAAGGCCCGUUGGAACGAGUGGCUCGAUCCCAGCAUCAAGAAGAUCGAAUGGAGCAAGGACGAAGAUGAGAAGCUGCUGCAUCUUGCCAAGAUUAUGCCCACACAGUGGCGCACCAUCGCUCCCAUCGUCGGUCGAACUGCCAACCAGUGUCUCGAACGAUACCAGAAGCUCCUCGAUGAAGCCGAAGCGCGAGAGUCAUCUAGUCUUGGGUUGAUGGGCCCGGAAGGAGGCGAGACCCAAGCGCCAAGCGCCGAUGAUGUGCGACGACUGCGUCCCGGCGAGUUGGAUCCCGACCCCGAAACGAAACCCGCACGACCCGACACGAUCGAUCUCGACGAAGAUGAGAAGGAGAUGUUGAGCGAGGCUCGUGCCCGCCUGGCGAACACCCAGGGUAAAAAGGCCAAGAGAAAGGCGCGAGAGCGUCAGCAAGAGGAGUCUCGCCGCCUGGCAGCCUUGCAAAAGAGGCGAGAGCUCAAGACGGCCGGUAUCAACAUCAAGGUGACGACUCGGAAGAAGGGUGAGAUGGAUUACAACGCCGAUAUCCCCUUUGAAAGGAAGGCCCUGUCUGGUUUCUAUGAUACCUCAGAAGAGAUGGCAAUGAACGAGGCCCAGCGUGCAGCCUUCGACCCUCGAAAGCAGCAACUGGCCAACAAGCGCAAGGGCGAUGACGAUGACGACAAGGACAGAAAACGGAGGAAGAACGAUAAGGACGGGUCAUCAGAGUCAUACAAAGCCGCCUUGAAGGCUGGUCAACUUCAAAAGAUUCGAGAGGCUGAGCAGAGCAGCAAGCGUCGCGCGCUGGUUCUGCCGUCUCCUCAGGUCAGCGAGGGAGAGUUAGAAGAUAUUGUCAAGAUGGGAAAGAUGGGCGAGGCUGCCAACUUGAGGGCGCGAGAAAGCGAGAACGAUGCGACGCGAGGACUUGUCAACACAUAUUCGACCCUUAACUCGAACGCCCCUAUUCGAACACCCAAGGCGCCUGAGCAAGAAGAUCACAUCGCCAAUGAGAUUCGAAAUAUCCGAGCGCUUAACGAAACCAAGUCAGCCCUCCUGGGCGGCGAGAACACACCUCUGCAUGAAGGUGCUUCGUCAACCGGCUUUGAUGGAAUUACCCCCCGAAAGCAGACAAUCUCAACACCAAACCCCCUAGCCACACCUCUAAGAGGACCCGAUGGUGUUGGUGCGACGCCUCGUCGACCAGGACAGACCCCAUUACGGACACCACGGGACACGCUCGCUCUGAACCAAGAUGACGGCAUGUCGAUGGCUUCCGCUACUCCCCGAGACAUCAGGAUGAGGGAAGUGGCUCUACGCAGUCAGCUGAAGUCGGGUCUUGCAUCACUUCCCAAGCCCAAAGAUACGGAGUGGGAGUUUGAUAUUCCGGACGAACAGAAGGAAGCUAUGCAGGUUGAUGAGAUGACCGAGGAGGAUGCCGCAGAGCGAGACCGUCGAGAACGGGAGAGGCGAGAAGCGGAGGAGGCUCUCGAGUUCCGAAGACGCACUCAGGUCAUGCAGAAGAACCUGCCUCGGCCGGUUCGGGUCAAUUUUACCGAUCUGGUGAAGAAGGCAAGCCGUAUCACCAACGAAGCUCAGUCACUCAUCGCCAAGGAGUCAGCCAUGCUUAUGGCUAACGAUGCCAUGAGAUACCCCCUUCCAGGUGGUCAGGUCAACGGUGCGCCCCGAGCAUUACAACAUAUUGACGAUGAUGCCCUUGCCGAAGCUCGCCUCUUAAUCAUGUCGGAGACAAAGCCCCUUCCUAGCCUUGAAGAUAUCCAGAGUGCGUUCGAAGCUCGUGCAAGCAGCUCGCUGCUCCUGGGCUUGGGAUGUUACAACGACGACGAGGAAGAGCAAGGGGUGGCGAUGAAGGCGGCAUUUGAUUCUGUUCAAGAUUCUAUCAUGGCAUCAGCCGAGCAGGGUGCCAAGCUGGAAAAGAAGCUGUCACUUCAUCUUGGAGGUUACCAGAAGCGGCAAAAGAUGCUGCGCGACAAGAUGGGCGGCGCAGCCGAUGCUCUAGAGAAGGCUCGGUCUGCACUAGCUGGUUUCAAGACCCUGGCCAUUUCAGAGGAUGUGGCUAUCGAGCGACGACUGAAUGCAUUGCGUGAAGAGGUUGGCUUUGUGAGCCGACGAGAGAGAGAAGCACAGGAAGAGUACAGGAAGGCCAAGGAGGAGCUGGACGGGCUGAUGACAAACGGAGUCAAUGGGGUUCAUUAA